AGUGCUGUGUGCGUGUGCGGAGAUGAGCCGAAGUCAUGAGCCUGGGCUCUUUGGAGUGGUUUUAAUCAGCAACCCGUUAGAGGAGAAUGGAAAACGUCUGACGGGGUGAAGAACUGAGUCAGACACUGUUUGCCUUUCUCCGCUGGGGACUUAUCAUUUCUUGCCAGCUGAUGUCAUGGAAGAACUCAGGUCCAGAAGUGAUGGAGAGAGGACUUGAGUGGGGAAAGCACACCUUCCUGCCUUUCUUUCAUGCUGGUAAAAAGCAGCCAGACUGAUUGCCCCUAUAAUGUGGAAAUGGGACAAAUCAGAAAUCUGAGGUGCCAUGGCUUGCCGGCAAAUUGUGCCUGGCCGGAGAUGGUGUCGUCUUCGCCCGUUCCUGAUGGUGCUGGUUCUGGCUGCCUAUCUCUUCUACCAGACCCUGAUGCCUUUAAGAUCCAGGAGACUGGCAAUUCCUACAACUGGCAAUGGACUUCUGCCCAGCAAAGCAGCUGAGGUGCCGCGUCAGACACACCAAGUCUUUGCAAGGCGAGUCGGUUGCUUCCUUCCUUCUAGUAAACAACAAGGGCAGAAAGAGAUUGAGGAUACCAUGUUUAAAUUCUUUAGAAACAAAGCCAGAGAAGUAAUACUAUACACCCCUUCUUCUGGCAGUGAACAAGAUCUUCAGUUAUAUCAGCAAAUCCUUAUGCAACACAGUUAUAGAGUUACAGUCCUUGAAGACAGGAAGCUAAGCAGACAUGAAAAUCUAAAUCCAGAUAAAUUAAGUUCUUGGGACCUUUUGAUUUGCCUUUCAUCUAGCAAAGCUGACCAUGAAAAUUGCUUAAAUAUAGUGGAAUCGUAUCAACCAACACUACUGCAGAAGGCUAAUGUUCUCUCUCGAAUCCAGCAUCUGCUUUGCAGAAAGGAAGGAUUGUGCCAAAUAAUGAAAAGAUUUCCAGAUUUGCAUCUUCCAGUUGUUCCUUCUGCUUGCCCAGAUUCAAAAAUUACGUCUCUUCAUAUGGUCAAAUCUUAUGAUAAGAAUGAAAGGACAAGUUUGAUUGAAACAUUACAUCAGCCAGUCAAGGUUGUUCACCAACAUCAGAUCCCCAUUACAGCAGAAAAUAAAGAAGCCUUUAAAAUUCAAGAUUUUUCAAUCAUCUUCAAAGUGCAUGUGUUGGUGACGUCCUUAACACCUUUACAGGCAUUCAUUCAUUCAACUGGAAUUCUCUGGGAUCUACCUAAGAAGAAGCAUUUUUCAGUCAAGCUGCAAACCUUUUUUCAGACAUUUUUGAGGGCCACUUCUCCUCAGCAGGCUUUGGAUGACAUGAAAGAGGCAAUAAGCAAACUCUUGUUGAUAACUGAGGUUUUCAGUGAAGCAGCAUUACCUCAGCCACAAACUACUAGCCAAUGCAGUUCUUGCUUUCAGAUGUUAACUUUUGAUAUUGGAUUUAGACACACUUUUUAUCCUAUCGUUCUUGAGGUACAUGAAUAUUUUGACUUUCAAGCUGAUGAAGAUUCAUUUUCAGAGGACCAAACUGUUAAAGAAAUCCUUCUAAGAGAUACAUUCAGGAUUCUCUUAUCGAAUCAAUCUUCUUCCUCUACUUUCUUUGAAGCUAUGCAAAAUGUAUACCGAUCAGCAAGAAUUAAGGAUGAGCAUCUCCAGGAGAACUCUGAUUAUUGCCUAACAUUAGAAGAAUUAAAUCCAUUGAUCAGUUUUGUGAAAGGGAUUCAGAAUCUAGGGCAGUUUGAACUGCUUUUCCCUUCUGCUGUUCCUAAAAUCCAUUUUUUGCUGCAUGAUCUUUAUCGUAUGGUGAACCCAGGAAAAAAGUUUAACUCAAUCCUAGCUGUUCAUUGGUUCCUUUCAAAUUUACGUAAACAGUUCCAAGGAAUUAGCAAUAUAGCACCUGCAAACCUUCCAAAAGGGCAAAACAAUUCAAAAAACAAACCUUGGAUGACAGCUACAUGGUCAAAUCAUGGGAUUUCUUAUUCAGAAAAAGAGAACAUUAAACUAAGGGUAUCUUCCCCAGUCAAGGAAAAAGAUAAAGAACUGCACAUUUUAAAUCUGGCUAAAGAAAUGCAUUGCAGUCAUGAUAAAGAGACACUACCUCAUAUCAGGCAGAUCAUCACCAGCCCACCUUUGGACUUAAAUCCUAAUUUUGACCCCAGGAUCAAAGAAUACUGCUCUGAAGUGCCUUUUGAUCUUUUGACAAUCAAGAUUAGAGUAGAACCCAUGAAUUGUCAAGGUGAAGCUCACUUGGAUGAGAGAAAAGGACCAAGCUCUGCACAUUACCCACUUGGAUUAGGUAUAAACAGAGUAAUUAUUCUGAUAACAGACAAGUCUCAUUCGCUCCAUGAGAUUGUGAGCAUCUACAAAAUCAUCAUUUUUCGUGAAGACCGUCCAAGCUUGCCAUUAUUUGAUGACUUCAUGCUGUGUGGUUUUGUACAGGAUUGUGGUUCAAUCAUUCAUCCUGAGGAAUCCUGUGGUUUGCAGCCUCUCUCUGCUGAAUACCUGUCAACCAUUUCACAACCACAACUGAAGACAUGUGAAAUGGGGGAUGUAAAAGGACAGUGGAUCGUUCCUUGCCUUAGUUGUUCUGAUAAUAGAACUUGUGAUUGGAGGCAGAUAACAUGGCAGCCAAGAAAUUGUCAGUACCCUGUUCUGAAUAAACCAGAACUCCAAAAGUGUGUAGAAAGAAAAAAG